GCCGCGCCCUGCAGGCCGCGACAGCCGGGCCAGCAGCAGCCGCGGGGAGGACGCGGCGCCCCAACCCGCCGCGGGAGGCGAGAAAAGUGUGGCUUGUGUCCCUUGGCCCUGGCCGCGGGGUCGCGCCUCUGUUGCCCCGCGACGAUGCCUUAGAACCCCCUUUUUUUGCCGCCCCCGCGCCGCUGGCGGGGCUGGGACGGGCGUGGCGGCUGGGCCUGGCCGGCAGGGUGCUGCGGGGCGCCUCGCCGCGGCCCCAGGGGCGGGCAGGGGGCCGGGCGGGCGGUGUGCAGGGCGCCGCGGUGGGCUGUAAGGCGCCAAUGCCCCAGUGACGGGGGGCCGGGCAGCCGAGAGAUGGCCGAGCCUGCCCCAGACACAUCAGGGUUCUCCCAGGACCUGUUCUCUCCACUGCAGUUUUGUGAGGUGGUGCAGGAGGGCCAGACAGCACACCACCAUGUUAAGGAGGAGCAGCAGCAGCAGCAACAACAACAGCAGCAGCAGCAGCAGGUGUCACAAGCACAGCCACACCACACACAGCAACUGGCCUCCGUCACCACCUCCCUCCCAAUGCCACAGGUUGGCUCCUUGGUGAGCCUUGCCGGGGUGACCACCAGCACAGCCACGCAGCAUGGCCACAUGCAGCCCCAGAUGGUGGCCCACCCACAUGUGCAACAGCAGCAGCACCCACACUUGCUCCCUCAGCCCCACGCCCAGCCCAGACUCCUCCAGCAACAGCAGAUGGCGGUGCAGCAGGCCACAGCACAACAGCAGCCAAUGCCACAACAGCAGCAGCAGCUCAUGCAACAACACCAGCAGCAGCAACAGCAAGUCCAGCAACAACAACAGCAAACUCAGCAGCAACAACAGCAACAAACACAAUUAAUACAACCACAGCAGCAACAACAGGCACAGCAACAGCAGGCACAGCAACAGGCAGCAAAGCAACUUCAGCAGCAACAAGUCCAAACGCUGCAGCAAAUACACCAACACCUACAGCAGCAGCAAGCCCAACAGCAUCAACAGCAACAGGUUGUACAGCAGCAACAAGCAGUGCAACAGCAACAGCAGCAAGUUCAGCAACAACAACAACAGCAACAGCAACAACAAGUACAGCAAACACAAGAACAGCAAAAACAGCAACAAGUACAGCAACAGAUACAGCAGGCUCAGCAGCUCCAGCAGUCACCGUCCCAAGCAGCGCCACAGCCACACUCACAGCCACAUUCACAGCCACAGCAGAUCCUCACCUCAGUUGGCAGCGUCCAGAUAGUCAGCGGGCUGCAGCUGAAUGUUACGGUGCAGCACGCAGCAGCGGCAGCAGCUGUGUCAGCCAACAAGGUGUCCAGCUCUGUGGUGGCCACCUCUCCCAUCACCACCACCUCCGGCGCCACCACUGUUGCCCCGCCACUCAUAGUCAUCGUCAACAACAACAGUAAUACCAGCACUCCCAACACCACGAACAACACCCCUGUGGGGAGCAGUAAUGGCGUCAUCAACACCAGCACCAGCAGCAGCCAGACACUACCAAUGGCACCAACCACUUCCGCCACCACCACCACAGCCACCACCACUACCGCCGCUGCCUCCACGCCCACCACCAAGGGAACAACAAACAGUGAAGAUGUCAAGCCAGUGCCAGUGAAGAGAACGUGGCGUCGGCCAUGGAAGAAGAAGAAGGAGAGGGAGAAGAAGCAGCCGGUGAAGAAGGCGCGGCGGAUCAAGAGGAAGCGCAUCGUUGUCCCCAAGAAGAACAUCAUCCAUAUCGACCCCAGGAACGGACCCAUGAUUGACACAUCAAUGAACCACAUCAAGAGGGAGAGUGAAGAGGCCAUCAACCAGCUGAAGCAGAAGAGGCAGCGCAUCAAGCUGAACCGAAACUCUGGCAGGGAGUACGUCAACCGCCUCGGAAAGGUGGUGGGUGCGCGUGUGAUUGGGGCGCCCUGCCACUGUCCCCUCAAGUGCUGGGAGCGCAUGGGGUCCAAGGUGCUCGAGAUCUUCAACAACUUCUGGGACCUGAGUGACUUCAACCUCCAGAAUUCCUACCUCUUCACCUGCCUCAAGCUGUGUGAUGUCAAGCGGCGAUACACCAAGAAGCCGGCAGAGGAAUCGCGGCGGCAGAACACGUUUGAGUACUUUGUGCGGAUCAGCGGCAAGCACUUGAGGGUGUGCAAGCGGGCCUUCAUGAGCUGCCACGGCCUGACCAGUGACAAACGGCUCCGCACACUCUUCCAUCAGAUGAAGGAUGGAGCGCUGGUUCCCGAGCCCGACCGCCGGGGGAAGCAUCUCCGUCCCAUCAAGUCCCCGAAUGGACAAGUCAGUCCCUCCAGCGGCCAGCAUGCCCACCACCCACACCACCCACACCACCACCAAAACGAGACCUACAACAGUGGCAGCAACACAUCCAGCAAGACCAAGAAGGCUCGCAGCUCCACCAAGAAGAAGCAGAACAAUAAGGCCGACGCAGGGACAAAUGCCAAUGGGAAGACCAUGUACACGCCCCCGCCGCCUCCCAUCAGCCACAUGCACCCACACUGCACCCCGCCGCCCCCACCAGCACACGGAGCCACCAUGCAGGAGCCGCCACAUGCCUACAUCCCCAACGGAGACAUCUAUUUCCCCGGGCAUUACCUUGAGCCACACCAGACCAUGGCCCCACCACCCAUGAACCAGAUCCCGUCGUGCCAGAAGAUGCUGGAGGGCCCUGCCUACUUUAUGGCUGGGAUGAAGGAGAACACCUUCCACCAGUAGGCCCAAAGGUGUGUAAGUAGGCAUGAGAGAGAGAGUUUGAGAGAAUAUUAUGGUCUUCCUCAGUUCAAAGGUGUGACAUUUUACUGGGCCUCUUUGUCCUGGUAACAUGGCCUCUAAUUGUAUGCCAUGAACUACUUAAUUACAAAGGUUUGAUCAGGGCUCAUGGUUGGAAGGUUGUUAUUCUGCAGUAGACUGUUUUAUCCCUUUGUUUACACUUCAGUUGGAGGAGAGUAGAAAUGACUGACUGACAAGACAGUGGUCAGAGCUCAAAGGAAACAGACAUUACUCAAGACUGAACAAAUACAGAGCAGGAUUUCAGGAGACAGUAUACAGAGACCAAGCCUCAUGUGCAGAGCUCAACAUAUGGAAUCCCCAUGGGUGAAAUGGCACAAAGUCUGUCAGUUAUAUGACAGAGUAUGGCAUUGAGGUGUUUCUGCUUUUAUUUUUACACCACUGAAAUUGACUGCACAUAGCUUAAUAGUAAGUCAGAUUAUAUGACCCAACUAAACAUAGCUUGAAAGUAGGGAUUUGGUUCAUUCCUGUUUUGAUUUGGUGUGUGGGUGUGGUUUCUUGUUGUAAGUGUAAGUCAGGCAGCCGCUAAACAGCAAAGUAAGGGAUUGAGAUCACUUCUAGUUGGGGAGUGGCUAGGUGACAGCUGGGUGGCCUGCCUUGGCAGGGCAGCAGACACUCAUUAUCAACUGUGUUUCUGUGAUAGGUGCUUUAGGGGUCUAAUUCAGUGUUUUGAGCUUCCAUGGCCAGAUUUAGAUUAAUACAUGCAGCAAGAAGGAAGGAGGAAGCACUCAAGGGUGUGUUUGUAUUUUAAGCCUAAAAGAUGGGAUGACUGUCAUGUCCAUUUUUAUAUUUUACUUUUCUUCCUAUCUCUACCACUUACUUUAUGCCAUAUUUAACUCUUGGACAUACUGUAUUAAUAUUAGAAACAUUUGGUUAUUGAUAUACACACCCACACACACUUGCCAGUAAUAGCUGUGGUGGGGCCAGUGGACAACUCUCGUAAUGGACAGAGUGGAAGAUAAACUCAUUAUUUAAGGGGCAUUUGUGCAGAGCAUAGCAGUAUUAUCAUAUUCCAGAUAUUUUUUUAGUAUUGGCCAACAUGUGGGGCUGAAUCUUUUUCUUUUCUGGUUGCUGUGGCAUUAAUGUAAAGUGUUCAGUUCCUUAAUAUAAUCUAGAGACUAGGAAUCUGUAACAGGAGGACACAAACACAGAGCAUCAGUGCAUAUUUUAUAGCUUGGAGUCGGUAAUGACUUGAAUAUGAACAUAAUGGCAGUGUGCGAUUUAUGUUCGUGUUUAAUGAGAAGAGUGCAGUGAUAAAUCAAGGCAGCAAAACAUAUGAUCCUAUAAAGUUAUCUCUAUUAAGUAUACUCCAUACAUUCCAUAGGUUAUUUCUUGAUUUUUAAGUUACUCUCUAUCAGAGUUUGGGGUCUGAAUUACCAGUGGGCCACACAAGUUCUGACUGCCAACCCCCAAAUCUUAUAUAUUCACCUGGACAGUUCUCUGUCAACUGGUAUAACAUGUAUUUGUUCUGAAACAUAUUAAUUUUGUCAGUUGCCUCAAGUAAAAGGUCACAUAAUAGCUAUUUUGGAGAGGAGACUUUUUUUUACAAUUUAUGUCUUUCAGUCCCUCUCCCCAGUGUGGCAGCUAAGAGUGGGUGACCCUUGGGGGCUUGACAAAGAGCAUUUAGAAACAUGGCCAUACUUCCCCCACUGCCAAGCUUCCUGGUGCACAAAAUAGGAAUGCUUAGUGACAGUUGUGCGGGAAAAAAUGGUGAUGAGGGUCGACACAGUUAUGUUUUUUAUUUAAACCAAUUUAUGUAUAUAUAUAUUUUUUUAAGUGCUGCAUAUAACCGAUUGGUUCUCUUGAGGGGCCUCUUGGACACCCCAGCCUGUUAAUGGCACAGGCAAAUUAUAUUUAAAAUGGCUGGCGUAAUGAAUGACUCUUUCUUGUCCCAUGUUGCCCCUUGGUGCUCCUCUUGACCAAACUCACUGAAGUUAGAGUAGACUGAAGAUCUGUUCAGCAUGUGGAUUAUCUUCCACCUCUCGGCAAAGGCUGAAAAUUGUCGGUGUGCAUCAGUGGGACUCGAACCAUGGUCCUCGGAAUCACCACAUCUGCACACUGACCACUCGGCAGCACACAAUAUAGAGCAAGUUCAGGGUUAUGGCAGACUUGGAUCAUUAACCAAAGUGUAGCUUUGACUAUAAUUUUGUCCCUUAUAAACAAGUAAAGGCAUUGCUUCUUGUGUUUUACGUGAGUCUAACUUUAAAUGGCUUGGUCUUCUCGACCCACACAGCCUGUACCAAAUUAUUGAGGCAGCACCAUGGAUAAAAGUGCAGAAGAUGGUUGAUGCCAGAGUCAGGUCAGAUGGUUCCAAAGUUUCAUUCAAGUCCUCCCGAAAGUACACGUAAGUUGCCGCCGUUUAACAUUAAGGAAACAUAUCGGAGCUUAUGAGGGACUGAAAUUCUGUCUUGAGGCAAAAUCAGGAGGUUGUGUUAGCUUAUUAAUCAUAGUGACUGCCAUGGCCUGUAGGGGAUAUUAUGUACCAGGCACUGAGGAGAAAAGGAAAUGAUACAGCUUUUUGUAAUGAUUUUUAUAUUUAUUUUAUAUUUACAGUUCAUUUCAUAAGAGGGCUGAAUCUCCUGUAGUAGAGUGUGUGUUACAUAUUCAUUAUUCUUAUCAAGAUAAAUCUGUUUGCAUCACAUAAGCUCCUGUGUUCUUUGAGAGACUUUGUCUUUCAUCUUUGGCUUUUCCUAUUAUACUUUUCCUUUAUUUAUCAAAAACUUUAGUGAAGCAAAAUAUUUGUGAAUAAGUUGAUGUAGAAUCAUCCACAAGCUCUCAAGGACCUUUUGUUAGAAUAUAAAGUAUGCAAAUGAAACAAGCCCAGACCCAAACAAAGGAUUGCAGUAGGGAUUGUCAUCCAUCAUAACCCAUAUCAUUUAUUUAUUUCUUAUCAAGCAAUACUCAAGUGGGUUUUUAUUGUAUUCUAUCUAUGAUUUUCAAAAUGUAUGUUUUGUAGUUUGCUGAAGAAUCACAUUGGCAUGGAAAAUGGUUUCAAAAAUGAUAUAGUAAUGUACGCUGCAGCUUGUGGCCCCUGGUAUUAGGGAAAGGCGGGGUGGGGGUGGGGGGUUACAAAGAGUGGGGGAGAAUUUUGUGCCACAUUAGGUUAAUGGCUGGAGGCCGCAGUACAAAUUAUCUUUCCAAGUACAUAAUAUUGGAAAGAGGUAAAGGAUGGAAUCAACACUUCCUUAUUGAUCAAUACAUUGGACUGAAAAGCAGCAGAUUGAUUUGAAUCACUAAAAUAUCAAGGUAGAAGAGGCAGUGGUGCUGUGCUCCAAUAUGUCCAGGCUUUUCAGGGAGUCUUUGGUGCCUUUUGUGACCUUUUCCUUCCCUCAUCAUUUUUGCAAGGAAAUGCAAGCAUUCACAGAUUUCUAUAACAGACAGAAAUCAGUGAAUACUUACAUUUCCUUUAAAAAUGCUUGGUAAAUAAAACCAAAAUUGAAUGUGGGAUCACACCAUGACAUGACUGUUACAUGUAGUAAUUGUGAUUAUUUUAAAGAGCACCUUAAUUAUUACAAGUAAUUAUACAUUUUUUUCAUGCUAUUCUGCAAGAUAAAUAUGUAUGAGGCAUCCAGAAGAGCAAAGGACAGAGCCAGUUUUUUCUAGAUUGCCCAGGGGAAGGCAGGCCACACACCCCAGGAGGAACAAGUUCCAAGGGAAAAGCGACCUUGUAUUUGGUGUGCCAGGAGUCACUCUUCCCCUCAACUUAUAUCUUAUUCUUCCUGGGAUGUGUAGCCUGGCCUGCCUUUCCCAGUGCAAACUAGAAAAUAUGUACUCUGUCCCUUGCACCCCUCAUAUGUCACUGUUGAACUCAGUUGGCAGAGGUUGUGAAUUAAAGAGAGAGGAAGUGGUUGAGGCAAUGAGUCAACAGUGCUGAUGUAACUAUAAUAAACUCGCAGAAAUGUAUUUCUAGGAUUAACUGACAUGAGUACUGAAGUGCUAGUGUCUAGAUUCAUGUGUGCCAACAUGCAUUAUUUACCUCCGGAGCGGGCUAGUGACUAAAAGUGAUUCACGUGUUGAACUACGUCUGACAGUGUGUGAAGUGCAGUGAUUUAUGAAUUACACUUUUGAAGAGCAAUAUAUCUUGUGGUAAUUUCACAAAAUAUUUAUUAAACUUCAUGUUUUUAAUAUAUAUUUGGCAUAACAAGAGUCAUGAAGAAAAUUGGCUAAGUGAUGUGCAUCUAUCCACAUGUUAGAACAUCUUACAAGCAUUGCCUGUGCUUAGGAAUGACAGAUAAAAGACUGAUAACAGUGCUAUACAGAUAUUACUUGAGUCUUGUCACAGUUAGUGUUAGCAGAAAAGGAAAAAUUGAAUUAUUUAUAUCCUAGCACAAAGGAAAGGACAAUGAUAAAUUGAGUAAUGAGUAAACUUUGCGUUUCGGUACACAGGUGGAAGUAUUCUGCUUAGGUGUAAAAUAGAUGUAUCUUCCAUCAUCAUGAGGACAAUGUUACAAAUUUUCAAUACAAAAACUAUCUCAUUGCUUCUCAGAUUAAUGUCAAGAUGCUGCAUACAGGUUUUAAAAUUAGUCUAUAAGGCAUUAGAAGACAUAGUUUAGAUAAUUAAAACUACCACUAAUAUUUGUUUGGAGGAGAGUGACAGAAACGAGGUCAGUGCAUAUUAUUCUUGUAACUGAUGUGACGUAGACGGCUUCAAUCAAGUUUAUUUGCAUAGCUCAUUAUUGUAAUACAAAAUGUUAAGAAAGCCUUGUCCAUUCCUGUCCUUGGCAGCAUUAGAUCCAGGUUUUCCAUCAUCUUACCUCACUGCUAGUGAACGUUUGACUCAUGCCAACCUUCCAGUGCUUUCAGGUGCUUGGCCCUCGCUGGUCCCUGAGAAGUGGUUGUGGAGCUUGGUGCUAACCCAGUGACUACAUCACUUCUCUGUGGGAAAGGUAUGGUCAUCAUGUUCCUAUGGCCCUAGUAGAUAGGCCAUGUUGGCUUUAUUGCUUUGCCUCAGGAUUAGGAUAAUCAAAAUUCAUCCCUAUUCCUCUUUUUAGGGAGGAUGAGGAAUUGUAGAUAUUUUCUCCAUCCUAUUAUUUUGUAGUAAUUUUCUUCCUCCCCUUUUGUCGUGAAGGGGUGAAAAUUACUAAAAUUUUUGACGGGGGUGGAAAACUAAUUAUUUCACCCAUUUUAUUUGAGCUUAUUAAACUGUUCCUCCAUUGGAGGGUGGGUUA